AUGCUCAAACAAGUAUCAGAGGGAGUAGAGGGAAUAGCCGACAUGGAAAAAGUGUGCUACGAAACACAGAGCCCUAUACUGGCUCCCCUGGGGGUUCCGUUCUGUCCUGCUAGCGUAGGCGGGUCCCAUCGUACCCUGCCGGCUACUGGUGGCGGCGAUCUGUCGGUCGGGACAGUGUGCGAUGGUGCUUUGUUGGACUCCCAUACACUGAGGGAACGGAUGGAUCAUAUUGCUGUGGGGAUGGGGUUAGCAGAAGGGGUGUCUUUGGACUGUGCUGAUGUGCUGAACCACGGUUUGGAUUGUUACAUGAGAGGGUUAAUUAAGUUUUGUGUUGAUCUUGUGGGGUCGAGGUCGGAAGUUGAGUUCAGUAGGAUUGAUGUCAGGAGCAAGCACCAAGAUCGUGAAAAACUACUUAAUGGAGUCGGGCCUGGUUAUCAGUAUGAGUUGCAAAAUAGCAGGGGGCGUUCAGGUACGCCGCAUGAUAAAAUUGAUGGCCGGAUUUCGUUGCAGGAUUUUAGGGUUGCUAUGGAGAUGAAUCCACGGAGGCUAGGUGAGGACUGGCCAGUGUUGUUAGAGAAGAUAUGUACACGUGCGUUUGAAGAAUGA